AUGAAUAAUAAAAAUGAAGUAUCGAUUCUUCUUGAAAUUCUUGAUCUAGAAUAUUUAAAACCGAUAUUAAUCGAUCGUUUUCAAAAAAUUAAUGAUCUUACAUUAGUGAAUCUCAAUGAAAUUGGAAUACAAAAUGAAGAUGAUCUAAAUAAAUUACGUUAUAUACUUGAUCGAUUACAAGAAAAUAAAGAUUCUAUUGAACAAUAUGAUCCAUUAUUAUCAAUGAAAGAUACUGAUCAUAUAAUAACACGUAUUGAAAAUGAAACAAAUCUUAUAUCAUCUAGUCUUAAUUUAUUAUUAAAUAAUAAUAUUAAUAAUAUAAAUUUAUUUCGAGAUGAUGCAACAUUAGAUAUUGAUUAUAGUUUAUAUAACUGUAAAAUUGAUCAAAUUGAAACUGAUGUACAACAAUUACAAAAUAAUGCUGAUUUAUUAAUUGAACAAAUCCAGUUACAAUUCCCACAUUUACAAAAAUCAUUAAAUGGACAUAAGACUAAGAAUACAAAUCAAUUUUCGAAAAAGACUUGCGUUGUUGUAACUCUUUCUGUGCUUUGUAUUGGUUUAAUGUUCUAUAUCAAACAAAAAUAA